CGUCACUAGCCAAUUACGAAGAGAGCAGGAAAUGCUAAUAUUUAUAAGCUGUUAAGUGGCACCAGUUCACAACAUAAGCUGUGCUCUCCGUAAUAUUGCUGUGUGUGAAAUGACAGUUAGAUAAUGUCUCAAGUUAAAUGACGAGGUUACUCAUUCAGCGUCCUGAUGGAGUGGGUGUUCAUCAUGAACCGGAUGAGCUCUCAGGGCAGCUCUGCAUCCCAGCGGAGGCGGAUGGCCCUGGGAGUGGUCAUCCUCCUGCUGGUGGAUGUCAUCUGGGUCGCCUCGUCUGAGCUCACCACAUACAUCUUUAAGCGACAGGAGUACAACAAACCUUUCUUCAGCACGUUCACCAAGACCUCCAUGUUUGUGCUGUAUCUGCUGGGCUUCCUCCUGUGGCGGCCCUGGAGGCAACAGUGCACUGGCUCGCUGAAACGUCGCCAGUCUGCAUUCUUUGCUGAUGCUGAGGCCUACUUUGCACCCUGCACCACUGACAGCACUGUGAACAACUGUUUGAGUGAGCCCCUGUAUGUCCCGAUGAAGUUCCAGGAUACAGCAACUGACCCAUAUGACUGUUUAACUGCAGACUGUGAAUCUUCCUCCAAAAAGCAGCGGGUCCGUUUCAGUAACAUCAUGGAGGUGCGUCAGCUGCCGUCCACUCAGGCGCUGGAGGCCAAGCUGUCCCGUAUGUCCUACCCAGCUGCCAAGGACCAGGAGGCCUUGCUGCGUACGGUGGGGAAGCUGACCAUCACUGAUGUUGCCAAAAUCAGCUUCUUCUUCUGCUUUGUGUGGUUCCUGGCUAAUCUGUCUUACCAGGAAGCUCUGUCUGACACGCAGGUCGCCAUCGUCAACAUCCUGUCCUCCACCUCAGGCCUCUUUACGCUCAUCUUAGCAGCCAUCUUCCCGAGUAACAGCAGCGAUCGUUUCACGUUGUCCAAACUGUUAGCCGUCGCUCUCAGCAUAGGAGGUGUUGCUCUGGUGAGCAUGUCCAGCAUGGAGAGUCCUGAUGAGAAAGGAGUUGCAGGUUCUUUGUGGUCUCUGGCGGGGGCGAUGCUGUACGCUGUCUACAUUGUACUGAUCAAGAGGAGAGUGGAUCGGGAGGAUAAGCUUGACAUCCCAAUGUUCUUUGGGUUUGUGGGGCUCUUCAACUUGCUGCUGCUGUGGCCUGGAUUCCUCCUGCUUCAUUACACAGGCUUCGAGGCCUUUGAGCUUCCCAGCCAGCUGGUGUGGACCUACAUCCUUAUAAACGGCCUCAUUGGAACGGUUCUGUCCGAGUUCUUGUGGCUCUGGGGCUGUUUUCUGACAUCAUCUCUUAUCGGGACUCUGGCUUUGAGCCUCACCAUCCCACUCUCUAUCUUGGCAGAUAUUUGUCUGCAGAAGGUUCGUUUCUCUUGGUUGUUCUUUGCUGGAGCAGUUCCCGUCUUCCUCUCCUUCUUCAUCGCCACGCUCUUGUGUCACUACAACAACUGGGACCCCGUCCUGGUGGGGCUGAGGAGACUGUACACUUUCAUUUUCAGGAAACAUCGUAUUCAGAGACUCUCAGACAACAGCGAGCAGUGUGAAAGCCUUAUUCCUCUACACACAGUUUCCCCUCAUGAGUGAACCUCCAUCUUGAAGGUGUCCAGCGAGGAACCUGCUGAGCUGACAAUCUGGAAGCCUUCCUGGACAUUAAACCAACCCCGGUGCCUCUGUUUAAAUUAAUUUAUUCUUCAUCAAGCCUGAUUUUAAUUUUUUCUUCAUCAAGACUGACAUUCAGUUCUGUUUUUUCUGUGUAAAGCAAUGUUGCAGUGCAACAAGCUGCAAGGUGUUGAUUAUAAUCACUCCAGAUUCAUGUCAGUGAAACGGCUUCAGGUCUGUUUGGCCCUUUAGUAAUUCCCUCCAUUUAGUCCUCUUCUGUUUCCAUCUCAUACCCCUGCAUCUGUUUUUCUAUGGACUUUGGUAUUUUCACUAGUUAUGGUGAUAAAUAAUCAUAAAAAGUCUCAACUGUAUGUUAAUAUUUGAUAACCUUGUGUUAUACUUUGUUCCCACACUGAUAAAAUCUGACAGAUUAUGACAGAUUAAGAUCAAACCAAGAUACCUCUGACCAGUCUGCUCUAGACUGAGAGUGGAUUAGAGGAUCUUGCCCAUGGCAGAUGGGAACUGAUGCAUUGUAGAAAAAGUUAUGCACAAAAUGGCCAAAACUGUAGAGCUACGAAAUGGCAAAAGGACAACAUGACCGAGGCCUUGUUGAAUGGAAUGGUACGUUAAUCUUGACCAGAACACUAAUUUCUCAAUCUUCUGAAGCAUUUACAUCUCUGGAAACAGUCAUCCUUUAAACUCCCAGGAAUUGUAAUCACUGUUUGAAGGAAUCAAUCAGCAGCAGUGCUACUGGGAGUUUCAGCUGCUCAACCAUUUAGAAAAUAUUCUAGAAGCCAGAUAUUCAUCAUCUGUCCACACAACUGGAAAAAUGCUCUUCUGCUUCCCUUUUGGGACAUGUUUGUCUCAUAAAAUAUCAAAACACUUUUCCCAAGCAUGAAGGCAUCAAAGCCUUUGUAUGAUGGAGAUGCUGCAUCCUUCUGCUGGAAGCUACAAGAACUCCUCGUAGCAAUCAGUCAUCAGCUUAAACGAACCUUAUAAAGACGGUGUGUUUACUUCAAAAAUGACAAAUGAACACAGUGUUAUUUUAUUUAUGAAACCCAAAUGAUCACUGGAGACUUAUGGGAAAACCAGUUUACAUGUCGCUAAACCAUCACCACAGCAACAGAGAUUACAGCACAGCAGGUGGGUUUCUGUUUCAGUGUAAAAGAAGAAAUGAGCUGUUUAUGUUGAGACAUGAAGCACUUCUCUUCAGGCUUGAUGUCUUUCAUGGAAACACUACAAAUGGAGGUUUUUCCACCCAUCCUGGUAAAUGUCAGAUUUUAUUGCACUUGUGGUUCCGUGUUUGCAUGAAGCAGACGAGUCUGAGCUCUUUAAGUUGUUUUGUUUGUUUGUUUGCCUCGAUCUGUCCGCCCCUCUGCCGUGAUUUCGGCUGAGAAAGAUUUUAAAGGACAUUGUUUCCACAAUGAACGGUAAUGUUGAUCUUUUAUUAAUGGUGCUUGUGAAAUCAUGGGUAGGGUUUUUCUUUCUCAGGUUCUUUGUCUCAUUUUGAUUCAUUAAGGAGGAUGUUGUACAAUCUGAAAAAGGCUUAAGAAAGCCAUAAUAAGCUUCCCUUUAUCAACCAACUCUUGAAUAAUUAUUUUAUUUUUCAAAACUGUUUUCAUAUUUCUGUGCACUAUUAAAACAUAUCUUUCUAAAAUUUA